AGAAGCUGAUUAUGGCAUAUAAUAUUCUUCGUCUACUAAUAGACUUGUUAGUGACAGUAGACUUCUACUGUAAAUUAUUUGUCCAUCACAAAUGAACGCGACAAAAAGAUUCCAAAUUUCCAACAGCACUCGAACGCAGCGGAGAAAGUGUGUUCCCGUGAAUCUUCCGCCUCUGUCUUUGUUUUGCUGCUGUGACAGAACAUUCCACUAUCUCCUGUACUCUGGUAGAUAUGCUUUGCAGGUCGUCGUCACAACUUUCUCAGCCUUCCUCAUGGUUCGAAGUUCACCUCAGAUAGCUGCCACAGCCAGCAGACGGCAGCCUGGGAGCUAACACCCACCGCUCCGAGGAAGUACAGAAGUCCGCGUUCGCUCCUGCAGCUCCGCGGAAAGAGCCUGCUCAACAUGGAGAAAAUUAAGGAACACCUUCGCUACCUCCAAGACCCCCACAUUGUCGCUCGUUUUCAGCUCAUCUGUGGGAUACGGGGCACCUUUUCAGAACCCGCUCGUGCCGACAGUUUGACCCAUGACCGCUGCAGGUUAGCGGAGCAGGCUCACUUUCACAACAACGGGGCUCUCCAUCAUUGCACAGCCGGGGAGACUGGAGACGAACGUCUGGCUGGUGUGGGCGUUCAGAGAAGGCUCACGGGUGCGACCGAGCCGAGAAAACCCAAGCGUGAGGUGGAAGAUGCUUCCCCGAACGGAGCCACUCUGCCCGCGGACGGUGAAGGUCUCGCCGUGUCCGGGAGCACUCUUAAGCCCCUCCGCAGGAACUCUCUCACGGGCGAAGCGGGACAGGAGUUUGUCAUCGAAAACCGCUUCUUGUUCUACUUGUUCACUUUCGGGACCGAGCUGGGCAACGAGUUGUUCUACAUCAGCUUUUUCCCCUUCCUGAUGUGGAACGUGGACGCGUUCGUGAGCAGACGGCUGAUCAUGGUGUGGGUCUGGGUCAUGUACGUGGGGCAGUGCACGAAGGAUCUGCUCGGCUGGCCCCGACCCGCUUCCCCACCUGUGGUCAAAGUGGAGAUGUUUUACAACUCUGAGUACAGCAUGCCGUCCACCCAUGCCAUGUCAGGGACAGCCAUCCCCCUCUCCCUCUUCUUUAUGACCCAUGGCCGCUGGGAGUACCCUUACCCACUGGGGUUCAGCUUGGCUCUCUGCUGGUGUCUGUUGGUGUGUUCCAGCCGAAUCUACAUGGGAAUGCACUCAGUCCUGGACGUCAUCGCUGGCAUCCUGUACAGCAUCCUCAUCCUCCUCUUCUUCCUUCCUGCCUUGGACACAAUCGACAGCUUCAACCUGACCUGCCGCUACGCUCCACUAGUCAUUAUUUCUGUUCCCCUGGCCCUCGCCAUCUUCUCAUUCACCCUGGACAGCUGGAGCACUUCACGAGGUGACACUGCUCAAAUCCUCGGUGUGGGUGCUGGUGUGGCCCUGGCCUCGCACGUAAACCAGCUCUUGGGCCUCAUGCCAGACCUAACGGCAGAUCAGCUUCCGCUCACUGUGCCUGCCUUGAGCGUCGGCAUGGUAUCUGCCGCUAUGCUGCGCCUUGUCCUGGGGGUGAUGGUUCUGGUGGCAAUACGGACACUGAUGAAAGCCAUUACCAUCCCACUGGUGUGCUGGGUGGUCAGGGUGCCCAGCUAUGAUGUGAGGAAGGCCCGGCAGUAUGCUGAGGUAGAACUCCCCUACCGCUACAUUGUUUACGGGAUGGUUGGCUUCAGUGUGCUCUUCGUGGUUCCACUGCUCUUCACCUACAUGAAUUGAUGUGACUUCAGUGCACGAGGCUGUUAGGACCAAGACCAAUUGAGAUGAAUUAAAGCCUCAACACUGAUCUGGUUCCUCACUUCCUUGACAUUUUCACGUCUUUUGUCCAAUUGACUUAAUUAAGCUUGGAGAAGACUAAUAAAUCAUGAGCAGCUUGCUGGUUCUAUAGGAUCCCUGUGUGCAUCCUGAGUGCAUCCCGAGUGCUGAGAAGUGGCACUGUGUUAUCGGUUUGACCUGUGGAAAGAUAAGUCCAUCUAUUCUGGGGGUUUUCUAAGCAAAAUAUUCACAACGUUGCCUGUUUAAAGGUAUAGAUCAACACUUUUAAAGUAAGGUUCUGUUGAAAGGUUAUAAGCAGUUAAUAUCUUACCUACAGUAGACAUCCACUGACCAAUACAUCAGAUUUCAUCAUUGAGGCUACAUGCAGGCCUUAUUUAGACAUAAACCAAAGUUAUGUUUUUACAUAAUGGAUUAUUAGAUUAUGCCUGUACAUAAUCUAGUGCUUUACACGAGUCGCAUUCCCCCAGCAGCACUCAGACAUUAACACACCGACACGUGGAUUAGUGGGCUACUCCAAGUUAAGUGCCAUUUCCUAGGGGGCAGGUGGGUGGAGCUGGAGUUAAGUGCAAGACAACUGCUCUUUCUGUCAGCCCACAGUACCUCGUGGAAUGACAUGUUGGAAUUGUAAGCGUAAUUUCCAACAAGCACUAUCACAGGAAAGCAUCUGGCAACAUAAAAAAUACUGGAUUAAUAACCUACAUUUGUUGCAUUUUAUGAGCUGUGCCGUUGUGUAGUUCAGCUGGUUGAGAUGAUAUCCUUGUAUUUAAGGAAUAGCAGGUCUGAUCCUGGUGCAUGAUGUUCUUUUUUUUGUUAAGAUCAUUGUGCAGCAUAUGUCUGCUAUUAAAGCCUAAAAAACAAUUAUUUGUUGUUUAAAAAAACAUUCACUUAAUAUACCCCAGUUGUCGCCUGUUUGAGCAUAUUUUCAACCUUGAAAAUUUAUUUUGGUAACUUUCAUUUAGAAUAAAUCCAUUUAUUAGUGCUAGAGGCUUAGGCUAAUGGAUAGCCUUAAAGGUAUAUAGCCACGUUAUAAGCUUAUAAAAAAAGAAGACCAAAAACUGUUUGAUCAUGACAAAAUAAGGUUAUAUUCACCAGUCGUUCAUCCUUAUAGUGUAUUGAUAGUCCCUUUUGAGUGUAAAUAUAGCCCCACAACGUGCGCGUCUAUAAGCAGACGUGGCAUAAACUACCCGCAGUACCGCAGAAUUAUCAGAACUAUCAUAUGGCGACAAAUAAAUCAAAAUUAAAUAAUGCUUGACCGAGCCUGAUCCACUGAAAUGCCUUGCCGUAAAACAGCAGCCCGACAUCAUUGAAGACCAACUGUUUUUUAUUAAAUAAACCGAUCUACAGGAACUGUGAGAGUCUCAUAUCAAAACAUUACGCAUUUCCUGUUUAUAAACGGAAACGAGGAUGCAUCAAGAUAAGAAUGAAUUGAUCUAUUUAUAAUGCUGUUUGUACUUAAGACUGUAGAGGCUAAGAAGCGCAUUGCUAUUACAAUUAUCACAGUAUAAAUCAGAGCAUUUACUCACGUCAAUCAACUAUGCGGUCACAUCUGAGCCUCUGCAGGUUUAGCGCCCGCUUCAUUGAACACCAACGUUCAUCUUGGACCAUUCUUCAUUGUUUCCAUUACUUCGCUGGGAGAUGCAAAUAGCCACUAGCUGCUUCCUUGUAUGCAACCAGAGUGAGUUACUGACGUAUGAAUUAAAAAAAAAGAGUCAAAUAACGUGGCUAUACACCUUAAGGGCCAAGACCAAUUUCAAAAUACUUGCUUUUGGGGCGAUAUGACACCAAUAAUAUUCCUUUGAGACAAUUUCUGAGAACAGAUCAUGUAAAGUUCUAGAAAGAUAAGGGAGUGCAAAAGUCAAUAAAAUGACCACUUAUAAUAUUGUUGCUUUAAACACUAUUUUACCUUUGUAUCAGACAGUUAAUCUGCUUUACAUGUUUCACACAAGAUCUUUUCCUUCAUUUCCUAAGUUACUGUACAUGAUGUCAGCUUUGGUUUAAAUAAUUGUUCAGUGCAAACAUGGUAGACCUAAACAUUUAGAAAAUGAUGUUGGCAGAAAUUGUUACGUUGCUUUAGCCUUGGUCCCACUUCUGGGACAACCUACUCUGGAUUUACACUAAACGAAGACACCAGUCAAACUACGAUAGGAAAGACAUUAGGUGGAUAUGCCCUAUUAACAGAACCUGACAUUAAAAACACUGAACUGUCCCUGACUCUAUAAGGCUGAAUUAGGCCUGGAAAUUAUUUUUAUAAACAUGUUGAAAUUUACAUUUUUUUUAUUUUUUUAUUAAAAAAGGGCAUUUUUAGAAAACUUCCCCAUGAAUUUCAAAUGAAAUAACAUCUUAUGCCAUGGUAAAAAGGAGCAGAGAUUCAAAACAAGACCAGGGAAAAGCAGUUGGUGGGUAAUCCACCGUAUGUUCAUAUGUCGUUCUUUGUUCCAAAGAGUUUAAAUGAACCUUUUCAAGCUCCUUUGCCUUUACUCUCUGACUGAAAGAACUUUCAUAGUUGUGUAAGACCUAAUACUGUUUAGUGCUUAUAGGCUUGUCUAAUGAUGAUGAUAUUAUCCUACUGAAACUGAUAUCUUUAAGGUUUCCUUUAAUUGCACAUGUACAGGGAAAUCCAAUGUACAAACUACUAAAGGGCUUUUCAUGCUGUUUUUGACUUUUCAGAAAACGGUUUCCCAGUUUUCCACUCUAAGAUAGACUGCAGCUUUUCCUCUAAAGUUAGGUGUGAAAUGUUGUUCCUGAUCAAUUCACCCCUUCGCCAAGUUUUCCCCCAGUUUCAUACCUGUAACCGUUUUGUCCCUUCCUUCUAUCACUGUGUGCCUGUAAACAAAUACUUUUGUGCCUAAGCAAAUUUUUAUGGAUAUCCAUUUAUUUGGCUUGGUUGUUAAAGAUUUUUAGUAAUUAUCUAGCAAAUCAUUAUAAAAAUGUUUUGUAAGGAAUUUAUAUUGCACCAUAAAUUGUUGAUAAAAAUGUAAUCUGGUGCAGAUUCACCUCAACUACGACUGACCUUCUUGUCAGUGAAUGAAACGUGACAAAUAUAUUAUAGGGAAGUGAAAAGCAAUCAGAUCUAAUUUUAGUUGUGUGGAUAGGUGGGUAAAGUUGGAAACAUAGCCAGCCAGACUUUUAAACUGGAGAGCAGCGUUAAGCACACCACAGUUCGUUUCCUCGGGUAGCCCACUUUGUGUGGGCAGGUGUGAAAAUGAACCAAACAAACUGGUCCACCUAACAACACGGGUCUUGAGUCACUUGAAAGUGAACCCUGGUGAGAUUUGCUUGCAGCGAGAAAGAAGACAGAUUAUCCAGUGACGACUAAUUCUGUGCGGCAUCAUUCUUUUACAAAAAGCAAACCGCAGAGAGCCUGCUACGUCAUCUGUGGCAAGCAGUUUUAACAUUUAAUAGCCAGAGCAGCUCUUUAAACCAAAAUAUCCAUAAUUCAAUUCUUCUUAAUAACAAAGACAUUUCAGUGAUGUCACAUUUUUCAUCCCUGUGUGCUGGGUACAGAGCUGCAGCUAUGCAUUUAUUUUAACAACAUCUUACAUUGUGGCAAUCCUAAUUUAUAUAAACAAUUUAACUAAAAGGCAUCAAAAAUACCAGUGACAUAGUAUUUCCAUUCCCAUUCGUUCCAUGAUUAUGAUCAUUGAUCAAACCAAAACAACUCUGAGCGACUUCCUGCUAAUAGAUCAUGUUUAUGUGGGUCAUAUAAUACAAUUUUCUUACUGUAGGUCAGAGAAAACCAGGUAUGAAAUGGCCAAAACUGUAAGCGUAUGAAAUGGCGAAGGGAUGAAAUGAGCAGCACCUAUGGAAAGCACACACUGUAAAGUUCAGAAGGUAUCGUCAUUUUCAUUUUAGGAAUUUUGGUGAUAGGACUUUCUCUUUGGCAUUUUCUGUUUGUGUGAACCUUCCUAUCAUGUUUAGAUUAUUUUUGAUAAAAUGCAUAUCCUGUUUGUGUUGAAGAUUGAUUCUCCUAUAUUUAAGAAUGUAAUAGGAAGACAGAAGAUGAAGAAGGCUAAAGAAUCUUGAAUUUAAGUCACAUUUCAAACAUGAAGAGGGACGUUUGUAGAAAAACAUAAUAGUGUUGUUUGGACUGCAACCCAAAGGUGUGAGCCUCUUAACAUGGAGAUACACCCUAUGGUUAUACAUCUUUUUAGGAACAUUCAGAGCUUUUUCAGUACACCUGAAACUGUUAGAAAAUGUAUUUAGUGUUAUUAUUAUUCAGAUCAUCUGGAGCAUUGUGACUGGAACAAAAAAGCCUGUAAUACACUUUUGACCUUCAGUUUUUUU